AUGGACGGACAUGCGACUCUGAGAGAGAGCUCGCGCCCCGAAGGGCCACGUACAGUCUCAGCCCGGCCAUACAGAUCCAAGAAACGACGCCCUGUCGGCGUCGCCGAGUUGGCUGUUUCGUCGGUCCAGACGACACGGAUUGUACACUAUGUCAUCACAGAGGAACAAAAUACCCCCAAGGCAGCGCAAACGAACACCACGCCUCUAUCGCAGCCCGUGGAUGACCAAGAGAGAGGCAUUGAGCCACCAACAGGCGGCGCCAGCCGAGACUCUGCGCCCACGACCGUCCAGCGCGACCGCACGUUCCUGUACACCGGCGCGAGCAGCGACCAGGACGUCUAUCUGCUCCGUCAUCUACCUUACGAUGAUCGAGAUCUCUACGGGCAUGAGGACUGGACGGUGUGGCGAGCACUCGCGAGCGACACACAUCCCGCCUACUUUACAUCGUACCCCAACAGACUCUUGGAUGCUCGUGACGACAUAUACGAACUGGACGAGGUCCGCAGUAUCGUUUCGCCACACGAGGACGAAUUACUCCGUCUCUACUACACUCAUUUCCAUCCAAGUCUUCCGAUCUUAGAGAGCAGGGAAACGUUUACUCGUCAGGUGGCCGCCAGAAAUGUACCAGCUUCGCUGCUUGCGGCGGUGUACGCUGCCGCGCUUGACUUCUGGGACGGCGAGGAUGCAGUACUCACGGGCAUGGGCAGGCUCCGCUGCAGUGUCUUCGAGUCGACUCUGCGAGAAGCGAGGACGCCGUCGCUCCGGACAGUGCAAGCCCUGUUGAUCUACUUACAGCUUGCUCCCGAGCACGUCAGAGAGCCCAACCACCCUGGGUUCUGGCCGUUGACCGCACAGCUCGUAGGCAUCGCUCAAGAAAUAGGUCUGCACGCUGACCCCCAACACUGGAAGGUCCAGCCUGCAGAGCGCAAGCUUCGCCGGAUCCUGUGGUGGAGCGUCUACAUGCAGGACAAGUGGUGCGUCGCCCACCACCUAGAUAUGAAGUAG